CCUUACUUCUAUGGUUGACGGUCGACGUGAAGUUCGGUGUACUGUAGUUACGUUCGAUACGCGAUGAUGUCUCAGUGAGCGAGACCAGCGAGUGCCCGGGGAAUGAACUCGGUAGGAACUAAGUCAGCUGCCUGUUUGAAGAGAAUUGUGCUUGGACGGAGCCCGGCGGGUGCCUGGUCCCGAGGGAUGGCCGGGGAGAGCGCGGGCCUGGGGCUGGGCGAGGUGGUGGCGGCCCUGGGGGACUUUGCCCCCGCGUCGCUGGCCGAGUCGUGGGACAACGUGGGGCUGCUGGUGGAGCCGGCGACGCCCCGGCCCGUGCGGAAGGCGCUGCUGACCAUCGACCUGACGGAGGCGGUGAUGCGGGAGGCCCUGGGACUGUCGGUGGACCUGAUCGUGGCCUACCACCCGCCCAUCUUCGCACCCCUCAAGUCCGUCACGUCGCGCACCUGGAAGGAGCGCCUGAUCGCCUCGUGCCUCGAGAACAGGAUCGCCGUCUACUCGCCCCACACCAGCUACGACGCCAAGGUCGGGGGAGUCAACGACUGGCUGGCCGCAGCGUUCGAGACAAAGUGCACGAAGCCUCUCAUCCAGUCGUUCAAACGCUCGAGCUUCACCCACCGAGUUGACUUCACGUUCUUGAAGGGCGAGGACGUGACGUCUUCCGGCUUCCUGCAGGCUCUGAGGGCGCGGGGCCCCGCCCCUGAAGGCAGCGCCUGGAGAGCCAGGCACACUUUCGAAACCGGCACGACAACUCACCUGACUGUCGAAUGUCCUUCCAGUCAGCUGGCUCUGGUGACAGAGACGUUCACUGACUUGCUCCCAGAAAACACGAGCUCCUGCAUGUCCAUCGCUAAAGUGGAGGAGGAGCCGCUCCCGGGCCACGGCAUGGGGCGUCUGUGCGAGCUGCAGGCCCCCGUCACCGUGCGCGGCGCGGUGAGCCUGGUGAAGCAGCACGUCGGCGUCCCCCACGUCCGGCUGGCGCUGGCCGCGGGCGGCGACAUGGACAGCGAGGUGCGCAGCGUGGCCGUGUGCGCGGGCUCGGGCGGCGCCGUGCUGCGCGGUGCCUGCGCGGACCUGUGGCUCACCGGCGAGAUGCAGCACCACGACGUGCUGGAGGCGACCCAGGGCGGCGCCCACGUGGUCCUGUGCAACCACAGCGACUCUGAGCGGGGCUUCCUGGGCCGGCUGGCCCCCCAGCUGUGCCGGCUGCUCCGCGGCCAGGUGGCCUUCCUGGUGGCCGCCUCCGACCGCGACCCCCUCGCCACGGUGUGACUCCCUGCUUCGCACCGCUUCCAGCGCUGAACCCCGGGCAGCCACCAUGACUCAUGGCUAGAGACCGGAAAAAUUCGCGAAUUCAUUUUUCGCGACAGGCUGAAACACAAAUAGUUAUACCUCAGUUGCUGCCUCUGCCAUCGGCUCGCAACUCACCUGGAUGACUCCGGGGGCCAAUGAGAAACACCCGACCGAAGCUUUAUACGAAUCACAGGCUGCUAUACGUUGGGACGCCUCACAAGACAGCAGCCACUGGCUGGGUGGACAUUUGACCGAGUGUACGUAGGACUAUGGAGUUCAUUCCUACAGGUCGUUGAACCCGCAAAUUUUUCCGGUCCCUAUUUAUGGCUUAUCUCGGAUCAAAAAAGAUUCAUCUAAAUCUAGUAACUGGCAGCAUUAAUUUUCUUUCUUUCCAAUACGACUUCAAUGGAAACCUGUUUAACAUCCAUGUUUGAUAGCUGCCUCAAAUUGAUCCCUGAACAUUUGCAUUUGUAAAAUUGUGCUCUGCUUAACCAUAUCAGGAAAAUUUAUGUCGGCAAACUCUUUUCUGUUGAGUAGUCCGGCAGGGUGGCUACGGGCUGGGAUAACUGGGGAAAAAAAAUCAGGGAAUUUCAGAAAGUCUGAGUAAACCCGGAAAAUGUCAGGGAAUUUCUGCAUAUUGCAGGAAAAAAUGUUUAGUUAGUGUGAUUUCAUUAUUAUUCAUAACAAAUACCGACAUGUUGCUUGUUUAAGUUUUCGCUAGUCACGUGCCAGCUUGGACAGCAUCGAGAAUAAAUGAAUUUAAUUUCAAAAUUAUUUGAGAAUUAAUGUCUUAAAAUAGUGAGCCAUUAGGUUAUUGUUUGGGUAUCUUCAAAAUACGGAAUUGCAAAACAAUACAAAAUGUUCAUGUUUGCCCUUUUUUUUUUAAUGCGAAGUUUUUCUAAACGUGCAGCUUGAAAUGAAAUUGGAUGUAUUUGAGUUGUUAAGAAUUUGGUGUGUACAAGGGGAAAAAUAAACCAGACUUGAGAG